GUUGUGAAAGAACUUUGAAUAUUCGUUAAUUUCAUAGUCAAAAAGUUUCUUUCAUUUAAAGUAAUAACCAAAAGAAUAUAUAAAGGAAAAAUAAAUAGAAAAUGAGGCUUUCUAUUAGCUGCCUCAUUUUUUUGUCUCUAUUUCAAAUUGUUUUAUCUAAUGGAUCAUUAAAACAACCCGAUUCAUCGGAUCUUUCUCAAAUUGCAGAGAAAAAAGCAAUUGAACAAAAAAAGCUUGCCAUGCUUCGAACUCUCCAAGCAAGAGUUAAGAGCCAAUUAUCGAUUCAACAGAGGACACUAGCCCAACAAAAAAGAAUUCAACAGAAACUCAGAGCUCAGCAAUUGGCUCAGCAAAAAACACUUCUCCAACAGCGUUUGCUUCAGCAAAGCAGGCUUUCCCAACAACAAGCAGCAGUUCACCAAAGAAUAUUGGCUCAACAACGAGCAUUCCAGGAAAGGCUCAGAACACAGCUAGUGGUUCAACGAAGAAGAUUGGAUCAGCAACUAGAAGUUCAACAAAACAAACUUGUUCAACAACAAGAAAUUCAGCGAAGAAGACUAGCGCAACAACAAUUAAUUCAUCAAAGGAGAAUUACUCAGUUACAAACAAUUCAACAAAGACUCCAAAAACAACAAGUAGUUUUACAAACCAGACUGGCCCAGCAAAGAUUGCUUCAGCAAAAAAAACUGGCUCAACAACAAAAAAUAUUGGCACAACAGAGACUAACUCAGCAAGCAAGACUUGCACAGCAACGACUACAACAACAAUUGAGACUUGCGAAGCAACAGGCAGUAGUUCAUGAAAGAAUAUUGGCCCAACAACGAGCGUUUCAACAUAAACUCAGAGUGCAGGAAACGGUUCAAUCAAGAAAAUUGGCUCAUCAACGACUAAUUCAGCAAAAUAGAUUUGCCCAACAACGGAAACUUCAGAAAAGAAAACUAGCACAACAAUUAUUAAUUCAUCAAAGGAGAGUUGCUCAGCUACAGGCUAUCCAACGAAAACUUCAAGGGCAACAAGUAAUUCUGCAAAAUAGGUUUGCACAACAACGAUUAAAUCAGCAAAGAAUAUUGACUGAACAACAAAGAAAGUUAGUACAACAACGUAUGGUUCAGCAAAGAAUACUUACACAGCAACGAUUGGUUCAGCAAAGGACACUUGCUCAGCGACAAGCAGCAACUCAUCAAAGAAUAUUGGCCCAACAACGAGCAUACCAGCAGAGAUUCAGAGCACAGUUAUUGGCUCAUCAGAAAAGAUUAGAACAACAGCGACAAAUUUAUCAAAGAUUACUGAUUCAACAACGACAAAUUCAACAGAACUUUAGAACAAAGCAACUGGCCCAGCAGAGAAGACUUAACCAACAGCGUGUGACUCAACAAAGAAAACUGGCACAACAACUAACAGCAGUUCGUCAAAGGAUGUUGGCCCAACAACAAGCAUUCCAACAAAGACUCAGAAUACAGCAGAUAACUCAGCAAAGGAAACUAGCUCAACAACAACAAAUCCAAAACACAAGACUUUAUCAACAGCGUUUCAAUCAGCAAAGAAAACUGGCACAACAACAAGCAACAGUUCGUCAAAGGUUGUUGGCCCAACAACGAGCAUUCCAACAAAGAUUCAAUGCACAGGAAUUGGCUCAUCAAAGAAAAAUAGCACAACUGCGACUAAUUCAACAAAGACUAUUGGCCCAUCAAAGACGAAUUCAACAGCAAUUCAAGGCACAACAACUGAUUCAGCAGAAGAGACUAGUCAACCAGCGUGUGAUUCAACAAAGAAGAUUGGCACAACAACAAGCAGCAGUUCGUCAGAAGUUGUUGGCCCAACAACGUGCUUUUCAACAUAGACUUAGAAUACAGCUGUUAACUCAUCAAAGAAGAUUAGCACAACAGCAACAAUUGCAAAACUCAAGACUUACCCAACAGCGUGUGGUACAACAAAGAAGACUGGCACAGCAACAAGCAGUAGUUCGUCAAAGGUUGUUGGCCCAACAACGAGCCUUUCAACAUAAACUCAGAAUGCAACAAAUUGCACAGAAAAGAGCACAAGCAAUAGUUCAUCAAAGGUUGGUGGCCCAACAACGAGCUUUUCAACAAAGGCUCAGAGCACAGCAGCUGGUUCAUCAGAGACGAAUAACACAACUACGAAUACUUCAACAAAGAUUAUUGGCGCAUCAAAGACAAAUUCAACAAAAAUUCAAAACACAGCAGCUGGUUCAGCUGAGGAGACUAGCCAACCAGCGUGUGAUUCACCAAAGACAACUGACCCACCAACGUCUAGUUCACCAAAAACUACUGACCCACCAACGUCUGGUCCAACAUAAAAGACUGAUCCACCAACAAUUGGUCCAACAAAAAAGACUGAUCCACCAACGUCUGGUCCAUCAGAGAAAAUUGGCCCAACAACAAGCAGCUGUUCGUCAUAGGUUAAUAGUCCAACAACGAGCCUUUCAACAUAAACUCAGAGUACAACUAUUAGCUCAUCAAAAAAGACUAGCACAUGAACGACUAGUUCAGCAAAAACACUUGGCAAAACUUCGAGCAAUUUAUUUGAAAAAACUAAGAAGCUAGGGCUUUACAAAUGACUUGAAAACGAAAUGAAAACGAUAAUAGAAUAAUGAAGAAUAUAUUAGAUUCAAUUUAAAAACAAUGAUACUUAAUUGCACAUUAUAUAAAUUAAAGAAUUUUAUUGAAAAGUAUAUCUUGUCAAUG